GCCAACAUCACGGUCGCCAAUGUCGCGUUGGCGACGGCCACAGUUCACGAUUGGAAGAAUCUGCUGCUGUUGGCCUUGUUUUGCAUCAUCAUUGUGGUGACGGUGAUAGGAAAUACUCUUAUUAUCACUUCAGUUCUGACAACGAGACGUUUAAGGACUGUCACCAAUUGUUUCGUGAUGAGUUUGGCUGUAGCAGAUUGGCUUGUGGGCAUAUUUGUAAUGCCCCCUGCAGUGGCUCUUUUUUGGGUUGGAAAAUGGCAACUCGGAUGGGUCCUCUGCGAUGUUUGGAUAUCUUUAGAUAUUCUUUUAUGCACAGCAUCGAUUCUAAGUUUAUGUGCAAUUUCCGUAGAUCGUUAUUUAGCCGUUACACAACCUCUAAACUAUUCUCGACGAAGAAGAUCUAAAAGUUUGGCACUUCUGAUGAUAUUGGCAGUAUGGAUAUUGGCACUUGCCAUAACUUGUCCGCCGAUAUUAGGAUGGUAA